AUGUCGCCAGAAGUGAAAAAGCGCGUGCGGGCUCUAAAAAAACUAAUUUUAGCCCAGCAUGAAAUUAAAAUGAGAUUCAAUGCCGAAGUUCAUCUUCUUAAAUUGAAAUACCAAAAAGUGUACGAGCCGUAUAUUAACAAGCAAACUGAUAUAAUUCAAGGAAACUACGAGCCUACCAAAGGCGAAUACAGUAGUAGUUCUGAUGAAGAUGAUGAACCAGGGAAAAUAGGACUUGAAUCAAAAGAGGCAAGUAGACAAGAACCGAAAGGAAUACCGGACUUUUGGCUUAUGUACAUGGACAACACGUACAAAUUCAAAAGGCGAAUACAACCACAUGACGUGCAAAUCAUCAGACAUUUGUCAGAUAUCAGGUGUAAUCGAUCGGAAGAGUAUAUAGGAUAUACUAUGGAAUUUCACUUCACACCUAACGAAUGGUUCACUAAUAAUGUGCUGACCUUGAAGUUCGAGGAGUACCCUGUGGACAAUAUUUCUCAUAGUGUUGGUAAAGACUACACCUUUGAGUACAAACUGACUGGCUGUGAGAUUAAUUGGAAUGAGGGGAAAAAUGUGACACAGCAAAUCAAAAAUGUAACACUUGAAGGCACCGAAGUUCCUUUCAACAAAACCGUUGAAUCAUUCUUCAAUUUGUUUAAUGAUACAUAUGAAUUCGCGAAUCCCGAUAGAUGGAUUUUUCAAUUAUCUUUCAGAAAAUAUAAACACAAGAGCAAUAAUUGGUUAGUUUAUGAAGCAUUUAUGGAAUUUUAUUUCAAUCACGCGGACGUAUUAUCAUUUGGUCAUAAGAUGAAAAUGUUUGAUAUUUCUGAUGAAUACGAGACGUGUGAGUCGUAUAUUGAGACGGACGAAGAAGAUGGUAUGUCUCACUCACAGAUGAAAUAA